AUGGACAUCGGUGCGAUUCAAGUGCACCGUUUUAGUUUACCGCAUUUACCACUGGAUCGUACUAUACCUAGGCAUGUAUUAGCUCAUCGUCGUGGCGCAAUCAGCUUUAGCUCAGGUUCAUCGCUCUUUGAAGGAUUACCAAGAUUAGAAAGACGAGGUGGUAUCUCCUACGAUCGAAACGAUAUUGAUGCGCAAUACGUUCGAAUGCUUGGUGACAUUGGAAUACGAAGAAAUUUGGACAAGUCACGUAAAGCAAAUCGACUUGGUAGUAUGGCUAGAUUGCCGCAAUUGCCUUCAUCAACAUUGAUCAACGAAAACGAUACUUCAACUACAAUCAACGAAACUACCGUAGACAAUUGUACUGCAAGGCGGCGUUAUAGAAAUUGCAUGUUGUUACGACGAUCAAGUAUUGGUACAAAAUUUAGUGAUAACAAAAGCUAUUUCAAUGCAUCCAAGCACACUCAUUUACCGACGCUGGUCUUGGACACCGAAUAUCCUGGCCUAACGCAGGCCAGUGGCAAAGAGCCUAUAUUUAUCCCCGUUAUUGUAGAUUUUAGUCCUCGGAAACUGAUUGUUGAUAUUUCACAGAUGUUAUUAGAUAAUGCCGACGAAUGGGAAUUUGAUACAAUAAAACUGGAUUUAGUAACAAGAGGUCAUCCGCUAUUUAAUCUUGCCAUGCAUCUAUUUCAAAAACAUAACUUAAUUGCUACGCUUGAUUUGGACGUUCUUAAAUUGAUGCGAUUAUGUAAACUUAUCGAAGAAUCAUACCAUCGAAGAAAUCCAUUUCACAAUUCCACUCACGCUGCAGAUGUCACUCAAGCAGUACAUUGCUAUCUAUUGGAGGCCAAGAUUGCCGAUUCCUUAAGCGAAAUCGAAAUAUUCUAUUCAUUACUAGCUGCACUUUUGCAUGAUAUUGACCAUCCAGGUGACAUAUCUAUCAAUGAAUAUAUUCUGCUAUUAUUCAAAUAUGCCAUUACACUUAAAGAUAACUUUAUAAUGUCUGCUUUAAUGCUGGUCACAUUAGGAGUUAAUCAAAAUUUCUUAAUCGCAACUUCACAUUUUCUACCCAAAAUAUUCGGGGUUAUAUCUGUCCUGGAAAAUCAUCAUUGUCGUGCUGCUAUCGCUCUACUGAGAGACUCUGGUGUUAUCGAACACUUACCAAGUAGCCAGCGGCGAUUUAUUGAAGAUCAAAUUGUUGCGUUGAUUUUAUCAACUGAUAUGGCUAAACAGCAAGAAUAUCUAUCCAAAUUUAAGUUACUUGUAGAUAACGACACCUUCAAUAUCAAUAACCAUGAUCAUAAGACCUUAAUGCUACAGAUUGCAUUAAAGUGUGCAGACAUAAGUAAUCCUUGUAGAUCAUGGCAUCUAUGUUCGCGAUGGAGUAAAAGAGUUACAUCAGAAUUUUUCGAUCAAGGUAACAAGGAAAAGGAACUUGGUAUUGAAAUUUCUCCACUUUUUGACGACACUAAGCAUACAACUGCUGAUAUUCAAGUUGGAUUUUACCAAUAUGUGGCAAGGCCGUUAUUUAGCUGUUGGUCAGACUUUUUACAUACACCUCUAUGUGAUAUGAUGCUGGAAAAUAUGAACGAUAACUUAGUGAAAUGGGACAAAGUUGUCAAAAGUGAAAAAAAUUAG